UGAAGCUUUUUUUUUUUUGGGCAUUUCUUUGCCAGACCUCACGAAUGCAAUUCCAAUAGAUAACUGGCCUUCUACACUCCUUUGAAUUUUCUUUGAUGACUGUGACUUGAACGUCAAUUGUUGUCUGCGACAGACUUGAAUUCUUUGCGACGAAGGGGUAGCCGGCAUUUCUACUCCAGGUCUUGUCUUACCACUCCCAAAGAAUCACGAUCGACGACCAAAGGAUCUCGGUCCGCUUGGCACCACGAAAACUUGACGGAUAUCAGAACUCGGACGACCCGACACAAUAUUCGAAUUUGACAACGCACAACAUAUCACUGGCUUAUGCAGUGAACAAUUGCCAGGUGACCCGCGAAACCACAAAGCGACUCGACAUUCAAAGUCCCGAGGCGAGGGUUGUUGUUGCUCCUUGAAGAAACGGAGUAGACUCGGGGCUCCCUGCUCAAACCCACCGGCACCAUGAUGAACGGAUACGAAAAGAACCACCAUGACGAGGACCCUUUUGCCCCGUCGGGUAGCGUAGUCAGCGCAUUCGAUGCCUUUCCCAAAUCAAAACCGCAAUACGUAACCCGGACUUCGGGAGGCGGCAAAUGGACGGUGGCCAUGCUGCUGGUGUCGGCGAUUCUGACGUGGUCCGAGCUGACGCGCUGGUGGCGCGGCGUGGAGACGCACACGUUUGCGGUCGAAAAGGGCGUGGGACACUCGAUGCAGAUCAACAUGGACAUGGUGGUGCACAUGCGCUGCGAGGACGUACACGUCAACGUCCAGGACGCGGCCGGAGAUCGCAUCAUGGCCGCCGCCCGGCUCAAGCUGGACGACACUACCUGGGCGCAGUGGGUCGACGCCUCGGGCGUGCACCGCCUCGGCCACGACCAGCACGGCAAGGUCGUCACGGGCGAAGGCCACGAGGAAGGGUUCGGAGAGGAGCACAUCCACGACAUCGUUGCCCUCGGAAAGAAGCGCGCCCGCUGGAGCAAGACGCCCAGGCUGUGGGGAGCCACCGCGGACAGUUGCCGCAUCUUUGGAAGCUUGGAUCUGAACAAGGUCCAGGGUGACUUUCACAUCACGGCGAGGGGCCACGGUUAUAUCGAGUUUGGUGAUCACUUGGACCACAGUUCCUUCAACUUCUCGCACAUUAUCAACGAAUUCUCCUUUGGCGACUUUUACCCCUCACUCGUCAACCCGCUCGACAAGACUGUCAACACGUGCGAGAAGAACUUCCACAAGUUCCAGUACUUUUUGUCCGUGGUACCGACGCUGUACAGCGUCAGGUCGUCGACGGGCGCCGCCUUUGGCUACUCGACCAUCUUCACCAACCAGUACGCCGUGACGGAGCAGAGCUCCGAGAUCAACGAGAUGAACAUCCCGGGAAUCUUUUUCAAGUACGACAUUGAGCCCAUCCUGCUCGACAUUGAGGAGUCGCGCGACACCAUCCUCGUCUUCCUCAUCAAGGUCAUCAACAUUCUCAGCGGUGCCAUGGUCGCUGGCCACUGGGGCUUCACCAUGACCGAGUGGGUCAAAGAGGUUCUGGGUAAGAGGAGACGGGCGAGCUCCAAUGGAGUCUUGGGAAACAAGGCUGGUUAUGAUGAAUGAUAUGUGCGUGUCUGUGUGUGUAUAUCUGGGAGAGUAGUCAGUCAGCCAGCCUUAAAAAUUGUUUUUGUCCCGUGGGUUUUCUUUUUUUGCAUUUGCAUAUUGGGCAUAGAUGUAUAUAAAUUUUGGUUUCGAUUUUAUGUUUUUGUCGUUUCAUCUUCUUUUGCCUCUUUUCGCACCUCCUUGACCCACACUCCUUUUCAAGUCUCCGUCUUUUUGAUUGUUAUGUAUAGAUACAAUAACACCCAUCUGAGCCUUGCGACCAACAUCGAGCAAUUUCAUAUAAGAGAAAAAGCAUAUCCAUUUUCCAACCGAGUCCGAGAACUCCUCCCCCAAAACUUUAAGCAAAAGCCUCUCUGAUCAAUCCAGGUCAACAAACUGAAUAUGCGGAUCGCUACGCACCCGUCUCCCUAUCUGAGUUAGCCGGGCCGCGAUGUUCUGUCGCACCUGUUCCUGCUCUGCCUGAUUCACCUCAGCAUUGGCAUUUAUCUGAGACUCGGUCGGAUGCACGCUCAAACUUCCUCUCAUCGGAUCCAUCCUGUACGCCGGCGGCGCCGAGGAGCUGCCCCUGAUAGGUUCGUGGAAUACAUAAUGUUGCCAUGGCUGCCUCUGAGGCUGGUGGUGCUGGUGCUGAUGUUGAUGGAGGUCAAUGCCACCCGCGCCGUAAAAGUGUUGCUGCCGAGGCGAAGGCUGCUCAAGUACAGUCGUGACGCUGCUGCCGCUGCUCCGCC